UAUCACUUUCCAUUUUCUCACCACUCUCUCUUCUUAUCAGCGAACAAGCAAGACCAUGUGAAAACGAAAAGGAGAAGAGCUUGAGCAUUUUUAGGUUACGGGCGACAAAUGUAGUUGCUACAGAAUUAUGUGAUCGCCGAAAGGAAGUCCCUACUUGUGAAAAUUGUAUUUGUGUCACGACCGUCACCGUCUCACUAUUUUUUUUCUUUCCAGCACCACCAGAUCAUGUAAAUUUACCGGUAGUAGACGCAGAGUAUUUCUAUUAAAACCGCAUUUUACGUUUGGGAUUCUUAUUGGACGUUACUAAAAUAGCGAUGUUACAGGAACACGAUGUCGAGAUGAAGAUGGCAUUGACUGCAGAUUUCCAGUCGCUUCGCAAACAAAAGGCAACCCGUAGAAGUUCCUGAUCCCGGGUACUUACUACUCGUCGACCUACAACUCUCUUCACGUCACGACGACGACGACCCAUAUUCACUUCACGUCGCCAUCGUCUCCGUCUUUUUCCCUUUGAAAUCAUGGCGAACUGGCAAGGCAACGGCGAACAAACCUGGGGCGAGUGGGAUGAGGACUGGAAUGGCGACGAGUGGGACGGUAUCAAGUGUAAAAAUGUCUGGGUCUGGAAGAAUGCGCGAUUUGUCAUGCUGCUUUUCCAUGACCCAUGAGGUCUGGAAUGCCGGAGCUAGCAUGACAGAUUCUGCAAGAGCUUUCUAAUGCCUAUCCUGCAUGGGAAACUACCUCCCGACUUGGUCAAAAUUGGGCGACUUUUGGUAAUCAUGCAACACAGAUUUUUGCAUGCUGCAGAUUUAGCAUCACAAGUUGCAUUCUUCCAGACCCAGACAUUUUUACAUUUGAUAGACGGUGACAACGGAGAAUGGCAGGAGGACGAGAACAACGGCGAGUGGAUAUUGUGAGGAAAAAUCCCCCCUCCCCAUAUCGAAAAGGUACGUAGCAGAAAAUUUGCAAUGCUGAUUUGCGACCACAAAUCAUCUCUGUCUUGCAAGAAGGCAACUGCACAGACAACCGCCGUAUUAUGCAGGCGGUUUGUGAUGCUGUUGGGCCUACAGCGCAGACGUUUCUCAUGCUAAGAGCCUAGCCCAAAACCUCUCUGCUCAGGCUUGGCAUGGGCCUGCAGUCCUCUCCAGCAAGACAAAUCUGAUUUGUGUACGCAAAUCCAGCAUCACAAACUUCGUUUUGAUAUGGGGUGGGGGGGAUUUUUCAUUUUGAUAGUGGAAUGGCGAAGUAGAGUCGUCUACCCCGGAGGAAGAGGAGAACCAGCAUGUGCAGCAGAACAAAGGCAAAGGCAAGGGAAAUAGGAUAUUAAGAUUAACUCCAGCAGGUUCGCAACAUAAAUCGUGGUCUUCGAGUACAUUUUUUCCAAACCUGCCAAGUACUGCUAGUACCAAUCGCAAUCUGCUUCCAGGCGAGCAAUCUCGUCAUGAUCCUACGGUCGUGUCUACUGCUUCAUCUUCCUCAAAAGGUACAAAAAACGGGACCACGACCAAAGGUGGCAACCACAUGAACGGCGGCAAAUGGGGCUACCACCCCUACGGAUCGACGAUUGCGUCGGGUAGAAACGUCGAAUGGGUCAGCCCGUCCUUGCAGAAACAAGAAAAACAGAGCGUCGUCGCGAAGGAACUUCCAGUCGGGCAGGCGAGUCAGAAUCUGAACCUCAAGCCGAAGAAGAACCAGAACGCGAUGAUGGGGCUGGGGGAAGAAAGAACAGCUGGACCUCCUGCCAGUGCACCAGCCGCGUCGCAAUUACAGAGGACCGCCCCCGGCGCCGGUGGACAUCAAGCAGUGUCUUCUUCGAGUACCUGUACCACCACAACUUCUAUGACGAAAGAAUCGCUUUUGGCAAAACUCCAGGCGGCGAAAGCCAGACGAAAAAUAAGCCAACAGCAGGCCGUGCAGCAGAGAAGUAAUGUCAACCAAACGACGCCUUCUGCUCAACAACAGAAUUACAUCAACCACAACCGCGCCUCCGCAAUUUCUCCGGCAACGCUGAAGCGGAGAAAAAACGUGAAGAGAAAAACCGGACAAAUUUCCAACCGAUACGAGGUUGCGAACUGGGCUCCGGAACUCCCGGACUACCUCGAGGGCGAAUCGAAGGUCGGCGAACUCACCUCCAAGUGCUCCCGACAGGAAGCCGAGCUGCGGACGGAGACCAAGCAGUUGUCAAAAUUCGAGGUGACGAAAGGCUCAAAUUCCAUGUUGGAGGGGACGGCGGACUACAACCUUUGCGUGAAACAGUACCAGCGUUCCGCGGCAGAAAGAACCUACGAAGCGGAGGACUUGCGCACUUUUGACGCGCUGCACAUGUCCGCGCAAUUCAUGUGGGAAUACGUGCUAGACGCGGACGAAAACCCAAAACCGAUUUUCUCCUCCCUCGCCGUCGAUGCGUCGACGAAAGAAGUGUACGGGUUUUUGCGGAACCGGUGUCGCGGGAUUCGCGUGGACUACCAGACCCAGCAGCCUUUGUCCUUUUACCAACCCUCGAGCUUGCUCUUCCACGAGCAAAAUCUACGUUCCGAACUGCUGUUCUUUCUCCUACUCCACCACGAGGACUCGAAGCUGGGCGAGGCGGACCUCGGGCCGUUUCUGGAGAGUGUCUCCCAGUGCGCCGACCCGCUGACGCAGAUCUACCGAAAGUGGCUGGAACAGAGCGACGGCGAGAUCUGCAGAAGUACCAUGCCCUUCAUGACCAGGCUGAUGAUAUGCUGGCUCUGUUGGGACGCGACAAAGGUAUUAGAAAGCUAUAUCUAUCUGCAAUAAUUAGAAUCUUCAUCUUGAUGCAAUGAUCAACGGAAGCACGACUAUUUUGCAGGCGGGAUCAUAUACCAGCAACAGAGCAAAUACAAUUGAGCUACUAUGUGCCUACUAGUAUCGGAACGCGUAGGACGAGGAGGUUACAAUACAAUGUCAUUAACGUUGUCAAUAAACACAAAAAUUAUAUCAGGUUUGCGAAUACGAGAUGAAGCUGGAGGACUGCCUGUUGGAGAGCCCGCUCGUUCAGUGGGCGGUUUCCGCCGUUUAUCCACUGGAAAAGUAUCGUACUCGUAGUAAUUGCAGCCGUGCAUGACAAAUCCAAGUUUCUAUACGAACACGCAUGACAAAUUGCAUUUCUCUUCGUGAGAAAAUUUGUAAUGCAGUUUCUACUUACUUAGUACGUUAGUUUUGCAAUGCAUACCGUUUCCUCAUUCCAGACCCGGGACUAUUCUGGGUUCCUCCAGGAGUACUACGGGCAGGCGGAUUUGCUCACCGCUGUUGCGCUCUCCCAGCCCGCGAACUACGCGCGGCUGAUGGUGCUGAUGCAGCUCUGCAAGUGCUUCAACGAGCGGAUGUGGGAGCAGGUGUCGAUCGCGAAUUUGAUGCGGCAAUUAGUGUUGCCCGACUUUGAGAGCUGCUGCUUUUUCGUGCAGCACUUCGGCUUGGAGCUGAUCUACGCGGACUUCGAGUCGGAAUUGGAUAAAGAUCUGAUGGAGCAACAGCAAGAAAAUACAGACAGAAAUAACGCUGGUACUAUCGAUAUGCAAGCGUUCCGUACCUUUGUCCGGUUCCCGGCGAAGGAGUCCUACAGCCCGCAGGACUGGGAGGACGAAGACGCCUACCAGCGCUGUGAGGACCGGUUCUUGAGCUAUUUACUCGCGGGGAAGUUUCCCACGCAGGGCGAGUGGAAAAACAAAAUAUCCUUUCCGCAGCGGCGAGACGCGCACUGCUGGCGGUUGCUCGCGGAGGCCCUGGAGCAGGGUGCGACGAGAAAGGAGAUUGUGGAGGGAGUGUGGGACAAAGAAGACGUUGUCAGGGAAAAACGAGGACGAGCGGAAGAAGACGAAGAGGUUCCAAUCGUCACGUCCAGAAGGUCGUCCCGACAAGAGCACGAGAGUAGUCAACACCUCGCGCUGGCCGCUUCGCUGCGCAGUUCGCCGAUCGUGGUGCCAGCAGGUAGUUCACUAGCGCAGCAACGGACGAUGUCUAUUCUGUCGGGCGGGAUGAAUCAACCGGUUGCAGCGGCGUCCUCAAGGAACCUCGACGACGAAGACAGUGAGAGCAGCAGCAGCAGCAGCAGUGCGCCUUCCACACCGGCUGAAGACGAAGAUCAUGGAAGACAGUCUUCAGUUGUCCAGCGGACCUCCUCCCGUGCCGGAGUGGCGGACGACGCCAUGAGCGUACCCUCUGUGGACGAGGACGAGGAAAACGAUAGACCGAAAGAAACCAAACCGGCUCCGUUUGAGUUCCCAACAGUAGCACCAGGUAGUUCAACAUCCGCUGCGGGUGGACCACAGGGUAGUAGUGCUCUAGCGACGUCGAGCGGUACAGGAUUGGCGGCAAGUGGGCUCUUCGGCCAGGCGAGUUGGAGUUCGUCUUCAAGCACUAACAUCUUUGGUACAGCGACCUCAUCAUCAACGAACAUCUUCGCGGCUCCGGCAGCAGCUUCUUCUGCAACCCAAGCCGCGGACGCGAGCGAGCAGGGCGAGAAGAAGCCACCACAAGUCGUCAAUAACCCCUUCGCAAAAAUGUUUGUCCAGCAGCAGCAAUUUAGUUCCAACUUGUUCCAGCCCGGCGCGACCAACCCGUCGCCCUUCCUGCCCCAAACGACCAGCAGCCCCUUCGGCGCUGCAAACAAUCCCAGUCCUUUUGGCGCUCCUGCUGCACCAUUUGGUCAGCAACAGCCGCCGGCGUUCGCCACCACAAAAAAGCAGAGAACUACGAAGAAGCGCAAACUCGCGGACCUCCCGGAAGCCACUUGGCAGCGACUCUCCGAGAUGGCGGCGAAGCACGACGUGGAGAGACGGAGGACGUGCUUUUUGAAUUGGAAGAGCCUCUUUAUGGAGAAGAAGAAAAGACUCGGCACCCACGAGCACCAGAAGUUUCAGGGGUUAAAACUUCUCCUUCCGGGAAGUGGGCGCAAGAUGAACAAACCCAAUAAUUUCAUCGCGAAUUCAUCGAAUUCUUGGAAGCGACGGCGAGGGAUCGACGACCAGGUGGCGCAGUUCUACGGACGGCAGUUGGAAAAGACGACGCCGGGGAUUGGGGCGAUUGGUGGGCUGUUGCUGCGGUCGCAGUUGGAUCGUGUGGAAAAACUGUUGCCCAUGGGGACAACGUUGAGGUACUGUCUCGACACGUUCGCUAUCAAAUGUAAAAAUGUCUGGGUCUGGAAGAUUGCCAGGUUUGUCAUGCACAUUUUGCAUGACUCCUGACGUCUGUGAUGCAUGCCCUAGCAUCACAGAUUUUGUGAGGGCCUCCUGAUGCCUAUACAGCAUGACAAAUGCUCUUUCCGUGUAGCAAAACUGGGACUGUCUUUGCUGCUCAUGCAAUACAGAUUUUUUUAGAAUCCAAAAUCAGCAUGACAAGUUGGAUUCUUCCAGACCCAGACAUUUUUACAGUUGAUAUUCGCAAGCGCGGACACAAACUCGGCCGCCGCGGUGGAAGCAGCAGCUGCAUACGGUGCUGUUCAGCAUCAUCCUUCGUUCAACGAAAUGGGGCAAGCGCAGCUGCAGAUUCAAGAUCAAGACCAGCAGCAGCAACUCUUGAUGCUCCAAGAUGUUGACCAGCAAUACCACCACCAGCAGGUAAGAAAAACAAUACCGCAGCAGCAACCUCCGUCCUCCACCCCAUCCCACGAAAAUAACGGUUCUCUCCUGUCCUCCCCCGGUGCGGCAAGCUCCGCGAAGCGAAGAGUUGGGUCGCCGUACUCCGAGAGGAGAAAGAUGACGCAGAUGUCCUACAUGGACCAGAACCUGCUUCCUGCGAUGGUGCAACAAAGUCACCUUGUUCAACACCAGCAGCCAGAUUUUUAUCAGCAGCAGCUUCAGCACCAAACCCAGAAUGGAGAACAGCAACAGGCAGCACUGCCACUUCAUCGCCUCCCCCCGAAGUUUUCAGUCCCGCUGCCCCCCGGAGAGGCGAAUUGUAUCACCCACCGUAGAUUCGUGCUUUGCAUUCCCAACGACGCCGAGCACUACGUGAUCAGCAAUAGCAUGCGGACCGCCUUGGCAGAUGCGGGCAAUUUGAACAACCGCGUAAAUAGCCACAAUGCUGGUGCGAACCUGUCCGACACGCUCUCCGUGCCUUCCAGCGCGGAAGGGCAAGGCGCGUCGAAGUACCUAGCGGAUGUAUUCUACCGCCACGCGAAACUCCACCGCCGCGCGAGCGCGAUCCUGUUGCGGAAAAAGCACGUCGAUCUGGCGGAAGAGCAGGAAAGACUGGGUUUUUCCGCCGCAUUUCUCCAGCAACAGCAGCGCACUAGCAAUGAAGCCCCCUUCUAUUCGGAGAACCACCUCGGGAAGUGCGACAGUUUGGGCUAUGUGUUGUCCGAGGCCUUGGACCCCGCACAGAUACUUCUGUUAGAAUCGUUACCGCCCAUUCCCCUGCACAUCUGCCAGAAACUGGCGGAUUUGUACACAUGCACGGAAGCGAAGUCUGUUCGGGUCUUCUACGUCUUGUCCGCUGCUAACGUGCCGGAUUUAAUCCAGAACGACUACCUGCACCACGACUUUGACGACUAUCAGAUAGAGAAGCAGAUUUUCGGUAGUUCUACGGCGAACAACCGCCCUUCCAAAGACGCGGACAUGCGAACCUCGACCGGAAGUAGUGCUGCUGCUGCCAGGGGUCGUGCGGCUGUCUCAAUUCGUGCAGCUGCAGGUGGUCCCUACAAUUCGAAUCAUUCCGGCAACAAUUUUAUCAGCGACCUGACCGCCUUUUCCUCGUCGAAGAGCAAUAUGGAAGAAGCGCUGGAACACAACGAGCGGAUCGUGAAGCUGAUCAACUACCGACUCAAGGAAAGUUUGAAACAAGGGCUGCAGAAACUAGAGGAACAGCAAGGAAUAUUCCGGUCUGGCGAGAAUUUCUGGCCCGCAGAAAAAUCGCCGUCCUCUGCAUCAUCUAGAGGGAUAACGGGUUCUUGUUCGGGCGGUGGAAAUCAUGCUGCGUCUUUAUCUAAGAGGAAACUGACCCUGUGUGAGCAACUGGAGCAAAACGCGGAUUUUCUCGACGUGGCCUGCUGCGGAAUUUUGGAAAAGGGCGCGACGCAAGCAAACAUCGCUGCCGACGCGAUCGCGCACGCGGUGUUCGCUGACGACGCAGUUCAUGUGAAUGGUGCUGGGACAACAACUACAGCAGCGCAACAAGUAGGACCUUCCGGCGACAACUACAGCGUGAUAAGUCGGGAAGAGGGCGAGAGCCACCCAGGUUCGUCCAUUUCCGAGCAGCAGUUGCUAGAUGCGGACAACGGAGAUGAUUGUUCUUCACAGCAAUUAUUUUCCUUGCAGCAAGCGACAAAGAGCAGUGCGGUGUUUCUGCAGCGAGGGCGACAAGAAGGAGAACCCGCUGAUCAUGCACCUCCUAUGCAAAUUCGCAGACAAAAUGAGAUCAAAGCACCCCACCGAAGACAUCACCAGAAAUCCCCCUACCACAAGACCCCGGAACUGCGCACCGUCGCGAUCCGGACCUGGUUGAUCCAGAGGUUUCAGCAGCUCUUCUUCCUCAGCUCGCCCCGGCAGCACGACGGUGUAAACGCGUUUGACGUCUCCGGGUGCCUGUUUUUCCCCUACGAGAAGGCGUUCGUGAAGAAAACGUGGAGCAACACCUUGCAGCAGGUCUGGAUGGAAGUGAACCGCAUGGCCCAGAACCAGAAAAACGCGCCUUUUGAAUUUGGGAAGGUGGACGGAGUGAGCUUGGAUAGGACCAUAACCCAGUUGACGAGAAUAUUCAACCAGAAAUCCGUGCACGAUCUGUUCGACGAGGAGAUGGGUUGUAGGGAUGAUGAACUCCGGGGGUCUUUGUCAACAUCUCCAGCGUUCGGGCUACCAGCGGAUUUGCGUCAGUAUCUCUUAUCACGCGCCGGCGGCGGCCACCAGCACCCAGGUGGUGCGCACCAGCAACUGCAUAGGAACCAGAUCGGGAAUUCGGGCGAUUUAGCUGCGUCGAUGGUGCCCCCGCCAAUGCAGGAGAUGCGACUAGGUCUAGGAUCAAGGGGUUUUGGACAAGCCCCACAACCACAACCGGGCAACCGGUCCGUGACAAUUGGGGUGGACGUCACAACGCUGUUUCAAGAACAAAACCUCCUUUCUUCUGCGGCUUCGAACAAGCGACCAGCACAUCAGGAACCUGCACGACCUUCGCCGACGCUGCAACAUACCAUACAGCAUUGGGACCAGAUCGACUUUUGCGACCCGAGCAGUGCGCCGGAAUCCUGGUGGAAUUUCGCGAUCAAGAAGAUUGAGCACUGCAUCUCGGAGUUCCGCGUUAUCACGUUCUGCGAGGAUAAUUUGAUCAGCGAGACCUAUUGGGACCAGAAGGCCAUGGCACGGAACAAAUCGACCCGGAACGAGUUUCUGUUGCGAUUACAAGAGCGGGAGCCGCGGACGUUCGGGCGGAGUGAUAUCAGUCUCCGGCCGGUGGACGCGUUGUUGCGGGCAAUUGACGAGGACAUGGAGUUCAUGAACAAUCGGCGCGCCUCGAAAAAAGCGAAAGUGGAUGACGUCCUGAAGAAGCGGUGA